AAAUGAGGAAAAAAGUGGUUACUGAAGAUAGCAAUAAAGACUGUGAACAUCGUGUGUGUCACGACUUCGAGUCAUGGAAAAAACUAAACGAAGACAAGUUCGGAGGAAACGCAGCUUCUGAAACAGAUAAAACACAGAAACAUCACCAGUAUUCGUCGUCUGAUGUGAAAUUAAAAGACUGUCCGUUGGACACGAAUGAACUUGGAAGGAAUACGUGGUCUUUUCUUCACACGAUGGCAGCUUAUUACCCUCAACAACCUAGUAGUUCACAGAAGAGUGAAAUGAAGCAGUUUUUGAACUUGUUUUCGAAGUUCUACCCUUGUGAACCAUGCGCAGAGGAACUGCGAAAGGAUCUUAAGACAAUGCCGCCUGAAGUGAAUUCGAAUGAAGAUUUCUCUCAGUGGAUGUGCAGACUGCACAACAGUGUGAACAAACGACUGGGUAAGGCCCUCUUCGACUGUUCCAAGGUCAAUGAGAGAUGGAGGGAUGGAUGGAAGGACGGUUCCUGUGAUUGAUUGAGUCUUUGUCUACAUUCAUUUUUUGCGUAAUCUAGUUUGAAAUAAA